CAGCUGUGGUAUUAAACUUGAUGAUUUUAAUUGUAACAUUGAAACGACGAAAACAGCUCAGAUAUUCAGAUUACUAUAUCAUUAAUUUGGCUGUUUGUGAUAUUGGUCAUCCAUUGUUUGGUUAUCCCAUGGCAAUCAUCGCGUCCUUUUCUCAUGAAUGGGUUUUCGAUAAAAUAGGUUGUGAUAUUUAUGGCUACUUGGGUUUUCAGUUUGGAGUAGGUAGCAUGGCCACGCUAGCUGUGAUGGCGUUUGUUCGUUAUUUGACCGUCUGUAAACCGUCGUCAGUGAAACUGAUGACCUGGUGCCAUGUGUGUUUGUCUAUUGUGUGUAUCCAUCUUUACGCCUUCCUGUGGGCGGUGUUCCCCUUCCUAGGAUGGGGUCGCUAUGACGUAGAACCGUACGGUAUAUCGUGUACCAUAGAUUGGAAGAAUCCCAGCACUUCUUUUGCUGUAGCGACUUUUAUAUUCUGUCUGGGCGUGCCAGUAGUAAUUAUGACAACGACUUAUGGACUAUUAAUUAAAAUCAGCAGGGAAAUCAGUAGAAAAAUGCAAAAAUGGAAUUCUGAAGAUAUUGUGUGGACCAAACAAGAACUAUAUCUGUUCAAGAUGACGAUGAUCAUGUGUGGCUUCUUUUUGUUAGCGUGGAUGCCUUACGCCAUAGUUAAUAUAUUAUGCGUCAUGAUACCAAAUCUACAUAUACCUCAUAGACUUUCUGUUAUACCAGCAUUAUGUGCCAAGGCCUCGCACACCAUCAAUCCCAUCAUAUACUUUUUAAAUAACAAAAAGCUACGAGCAUUUUCCCCCAGUCUACCUUGUUUACGUGGCAAGAAAAAUACGGAAGCUUCAAAGUGCUUGUCGCCAGCUACAAAUGUGCCAACUGUCAAUGUGACAACUUCAGGUAAUCAGCGAGAGUGUAAAUUGUCAUCUGAAUAGUUAUUAGCUUUCUGGUUGAUUUAGCUGGAAGGGUGGUUUUUAUAGUAGUGGUUCCAGUAAUGAGAAAAUUGUCUCAAACGAUGAACAUGACCUUACAUGUCAAAUAUUUUCCCUGUGAUUAAUCAAACGGGUGUACUUUUAAUUUCCCUUUCGAAAAGAUCACGACGACAUUGGAAAUCAAUGGAAUAGAAGCCCUUGGGAUACUAAAAAAAAAUCGUCAGACGUGAAUCGUGUUGGAGUGUCCAUUAUAAACUAAUGAGAGGCCAUAGGUCAGCUUUGGUAAAUCGAAUCACGCUGGGUAACAGAAAUAUAUAUAUAUAUGUGUGUGUGUCGGUAUACUGUUGUUAUCUACAAUGUGCAUCUUAUCUUCGUGAUGUUGAUUAUGUUAUAUUUAUAGCUCGGCUUUCAUGAGUUAAUAGGUUUAACCAGAGGACGAAGGCCGAGGGGUUAAACCUGUUAACGAAUAAUGCAUGCUAUAAAUGACUUGUAACAUUGACACCUGCUCAACAUGCUUGUUGUUAUUGCACAGAAAACCCACCCACUUCUCUAUAUGAUUUCUACAAAAACUAGUGUAAACCAGCAAAAGUGUGCAAUGGCAUUGAACAUGUCUAGUUAUUGCACGGUUAAGCUCCACCCAAUCUACUAGAGGGAAAACAAUCUCCUUAUUCAACGAAAAGAAGAAAGGAAGAUUUCCCAUCCAUGUUACAAAUACAAUUUCUUGUCGAUAUAUUUUAUUUAAUAAUACUCCAAUAGUUGGUAAACAAUUAAAUUAAAGACGUUAAAAUUACAUUUACCAAUGGACUGGUUGGUUGGUGUUGGUGUAAUUCUUUUGAAUCAGUUAUUGGUUUAACAUUAACAAUUUCUGUAUUUUUGAAUUAAUUACCGUAUAUCAAU